UGUUUUCUGCUCUUGAUCAGUUUAAGUUCUAAUCCAGACCACUAAGUAAGAUACAUACAUAUAAUUAAAAUCUUCGUACUAAAAGUAAAUCGACGAAGUUCUCCAAGAUGGCUGCUGUUCUAAAGAAGCGUGCCCUGGCAGAGUACAGUAACAUAAUUGUCAAGGAAGAGCCAGGUAUAAAGCCUCAGAAGAGGAUUCGCUUCCUGAAAAGAUCGCAGAGUGGAUGUUCCAGCGCCUCCAUCAAUGGAUACGCAAACCUUCUGGACAAGAGCCGUGCUAGCAAUGACUCAUAUCACGUCAUGACGCUGUUGCUGCGGAUUUCUGACGCCCUAGCUGAUCAGGACGAGAACACGGUUCACCAACAAGAUGACCUCAAUGAAAGCGUUCGUCGACUGGCCGAACAUUUCACCACUGAAAACGAAUCUACCAUUCGAGCGAAAAUCCUAAGCAUCAUGGGAUCGAUAGGCUGCCUGCCUGGUCAAGAGCCGCAGAACGUAAUGGAUGAAAUCGUGGGUCUCCUGAAGCAAGAGGAGUCUCACAAGGUCAUUACGCAAGGGCUGGAUUCUCUUCUCAAGUUAGGAUGCAUGCUUCCGUCUAACUCGGUCGGACACCAGAGACUAGUUGCGCUUGCCAAGCAGUAUUUGUGUGAUACCAGUCAUACAGUUAAAUGCAAAUGUUUGGAGGUUAUUGGUAUUUUGCUGCCCAUCGAUGGUCCGAAUUUCAAGGAAUCUUCACUGGCGAUGCUGAAGUUCAUUUCUUCCUAUACCAAUUACCAGGAGCCCAGGGUCAGAAGUUCUGCCUUCAAUUCAAUGAUCAUUCUGCACGAGAGAGGUUUGAAAAUCGAUCCCAGUUUGUACGAGGAGCUUUGCAACGCUUUAAAGGACGACUACGAAAUUGUGCGAAAAAACGCUAUGAACCUGAUCUGGAUACUGGCCUCCACUUACCCUGACAACAUUCUGAAUCUGGCCGGCACAAGCGACCAGGAAAUCCGACUGGCUGACGAUGCCUUUGGAAGGCUCAGCAGUUGCAUGAAUGACUUGUCCAUGAAUGUCAGGGUGAUGGCAGCCAACCUCCUUGGCAAGUUCAGCGGCAAUUUAGUCAGGUCCAAGUUUUUGAUGCAGACUUUGGACAAAAAGCUCAUGUCAAACAUGAGAAAAAAGCGAUCUGCCCACGAAAGACAAUGGGAAUCUGUGACUUCAGGAGAGUGGGCCUCUGGAAAGAAAUGGGCCGAUGAUGCCCCCAGGGAAGUAGUUGACGCUGACACAGUCAGUCUGAUCAAUAUCGGCGCCUGCGGGGCUUUUGUGCAUGGAUUGGAGGAUGAAUUCAUGGAGGUCAGAAGCGCCUCCGUCGAUGCAAUCUGCUCGCUCUCCAUGAACAACUACAGCUUUUCAAUGAUGGCGCUGGACUUCUUGGUCGAUAUGUUCAACGACGAGAUUGAGGAAGUUCGUCUGAAGGCAAUCGACAGUCUCACCAGAAUCAGCAGCGUUAUUGUUUUGAGGGAAGAUCAGCUUGAGACAAUUCUUGGAGCUUUGGAGGACUUUUCCAUUGACGUCAGAGAAGGACUGCACAAAAUGUUGGCCACAUGCAAACUUUCGACUAAAGGUUGCUUGCAGAUGUGCGUCGACAAUUUGCUUGUAAACCUGAAUAAAUAUCCAGAGGAUAAAAGAUCCACAUGGCAGUGUCUUCAAAAACUUGGUUCAUCUCAUCCAUACUUGACCCUUCAGCUUGUACCAUCCCUGCUUUCAAUUCAUCCUUUCAUGGACCUUCCGGAGCCUGAUGUUGAAAAAGCAGAAUACGCGUGCAUCUUAAUCCUGGUUUUCAACGCCGCACAGAAGUGUCCCAACAUGCUGCAGCUGUUCGAGGAGCACACUCUGCGGCACUACAGUUACUUGCGUGACACAAUGCCGAACCUGGUUCCCCACCUGAAACUGCAGAUGGAGGCCAGCAUCGGACGACACAGCAACCAGGAGCUAUCCGCCGCGGUGACGCACACCACCAACUUCAUGGACGCUCUGCUUGAGCGGCUCGAGUGCGCUCACAACGUGAAAAUGAGGGCCGAGCUGUUGCAGACUGCGCACGAGACUCUAGCGCGCAUUGCUGAAAUGGAUGAAGGCUUGAGCGGGGCUUUUCAUUUCAUGUCCAUGCUCAUCAAGGCUCACCAACUGCUUAAUAAGAUUUUAGCCAACAAGUUGUGGGCCCAUCCUCAUGCUUUGGGAUCUGAAGAUGGUAAAAUUGUCAAAGUGCAAAUAUCCGAGCUUCUUCAAACUUGUUUAAGGUUGCAGCAUGUCUUUGUGGGUCACAGUGGCGCCACAUUGAGCUCCGUGAGGCAAAUCAAACUGCGAGCGUUGGCGCUGCAAUUGGUCUUCACCGUCAGGGGUUCGAACGCCUCUGCUCUGGCCCAGUGCGAACAUUUCCUCGCUGAAGUGGAAGACGUACAGAUUUUCCUUGGAAAGAAGAUGCAGCCAAUGGAGCCAUUCAUGGCCGCCCUGAUCCGCGACCUUGCCAUCAUGGAAGACCCAAAGCCUGGUGCGGUGGCGAGAGUCUUGUUGCCGCUGACGCCGGUUCAAACUGGACCACUGCCAAGACCUGAAAAAAUGUUGCAAAUGUGCUCAGCCCUGAUUUUGGAGCCCAAAGGUGAGACAGAAACAGCUUUGUCCUUCACGGCCAACCUGGUGUUGGGCGUGUCUCUGGACGCUGAACUGUACAAUUUGGCCAACGUGUCAGCCCUGAGGGUGAUGGUCAAGUACCCUGAUCAGUCUAGCCAGCUGAUGAUGCCAUGCAGGUCCGACCUGCGGCUGAGUGACGUGGUCAAGCCGCUCGAAAGCAACUACAAUGGCGAGGAGGUCGGCCAAAACUACAGGCUGCGCACGACCGUUUUGCUCUCGCACGGAAUUUGGACGGACUCCUGCCCGGUCAACCUAUCUCUGGUGCUGGAUUUUUCAGCCCCAGAAGCGAGUUUAGGACGUCGAGGGGAUGAUUCUCUGUGCGUGCUUGAGCUCUGCAAGCCUGUCACAAUCAGAAUAUCUCCUAAACAAGUCAAAAAGGGAUUUUAAUUCAACAUUUUGUGAAAGACUUGAGAGUAUACUUCCUACUUUAAAGCACUUCCGUUGCGAUUUUAUACUUAAUCCUUCUGCUGUGCAUUAUUUGAUGUUUAUUCUUUCAGCAUUUAUCAGCCCUUUAUCAUGUGAUGUGCUGAAAACCAAAAUCGGUUCGGCCAAACGCUGCAGAAAUGUAAAAACAUUUUUGUGGAACUUAAAAUUUUUUCCGUCGUUUCUACAGCGAUUUCUGCUUUUGGCAGAAUUCACAGCAGCAGGAUUGAGUCUUAAAUCGUAGCGGAUGUCCAUUAAAAUCUGAUGUAACUGCUGGCGCCAUCUAAUGACCGUUGCAGACACUAGGGGUAGUCGCAACUGGUGAAUUGAGUAUAAAUAAUUUGGUUAAAAUAAAGCUAUAGUAAACAAUGUCUAGCGUUUCAAACAGCAGUCCUCGGUGCGGAGGCAAGUGGCCCUUGAGUAGGCUGGGUCCCUGUGCGGCCUGGUGCGCCCAUGUUAUCCGUUCGCGGUGUUAUCGGGACCCGGGUUUCAGCAUUCGUGCUAGUGCAGUGCGCGCCCUUCCCGGUCCUCGGACGGGGAUAAAAGAGCAAAAAAAAAAGGAAAGCUGUUUUUCUCUUAAUUAGAUUAUUCAAGUGUAUGUAUAUUAUGUAAUCUAGAGAAAUAAAUCGUAUUAUGAAUCAA